CAGGCAGCAGAAGCCGCGAUGCUGCAGCCGGCAGCAGACCGGGAGGUUCUUUAUAAAGAUGGGAGAGACGGCGCCUCCCUCCGCCGGCGCUGGAUGCUGUUGGCCGGCCUCUUCUCUGCCCUGCUGGUCGCCGCUUACCUGGGGCUGGUGGGAUACUUCGCUGUUUAUAGGAAUUUCUUUUUCCCAGACAGGGGCUUUGAUGUAGAUGGAUCUUUCAGCUCAGGUGGGGACCUACUGGACUACUUGCUUCAACAUGGAAUGAUCGACAGGAAGGAUGGGCUGCUGGUUACAUGGCACCAUGCUGCAAAUAGCAAGAGCGAAAUGGAGCAAGCCCUGAAAGGUAGUGCAAUGGUACUGGAAGCUGAUGUCAAUAUCGAAGGACUCAACACUCUAAACGAGACUGGUAUUCCGAUCAUGGCUCACCCACCUGCUGUCCACAGUGACAAUACCUUGCAGGAAUGGCUGGAUGCUGUAAUCAAGUCGAAGAAAGGUAUCAAGCUGGAUUUCAAAAGCAUUCAUGCAGUAAACCCCUCCCUGGACAUCCUGGUGAAAAAAUAUAAUGAAGUGAAUUUCAACAGACCAAUCUGGUUAAAUGCUGACAUUCUGAUUGGUCCAAAUGUUCCAGGAUUCAUUCAACCCGUCAAUGCCUCCAGGUUCCUGGGCCUUAUUCAGCACAGGUUCCCAAACGUGAUCCUGUCCCCUGGGUGGGUGUCGCUGUACUUACCGCUGAUUGCAACCAAACCCUACACUCGAAAGAUGGUGGAAGAGAUGUACGGCCUGGUUAAGGGUUUACCACAACGCAUCACAUUCCCUGUCCGGGCUGUGCUGUUGAAGCAAGCUUGGCCACAUUUUAGUUGGCUACUCAGUCAGUCACCAAGGUACAGUCUCACACUCUGGCAGGGAUCAAUUGAUCUCAUCACUGUGGAAGAUCUCUUAUUCUUCAGAGACAACAGCAACAUUGAGCAAAUCUAUUAUGACAUUUAUGAACCCGUUUUGUCUAAAUUCAAACAAAUUGCAUUGCAGACAAACCGAAGUAGAAGGUUUUACCCCGGUGGGAAGCUUCUGGACUACUUCUCCCAUCAAGAUCUCAAUGAACUGCAGAUAAACUGGUUUGACAUUGGAUCCACUGAGCUUGACUUGAUGGAAUUUCUUCAAGGAAAUGAUGGAGGAAUGCUCAUUCUGAAUGUGAAGAGAAAAGCUAAUAGUGCCAUUCCAAUGGUAGAAAGUCCAGAAGGCGGAUUGGAAUUUCCUUUGGAAUCAGCUCUAAAUCGGAUCUUAACUUCAUCGAAGCCAUGGGGCAUCUUCCUGAAGAUAAAAUCUCAGCAGGCACUAACCCCAACCCUGUAUCUGCUUCACCGAACUUACGCAGCACACCACAUUCACAAGCCUGUCUGGGUCAGCAUGGACCUCUCCUAUGGCAGUUUUAGUACCCCCGGAUACAUAGAAGGAAAGCAUUUCAUCAAAGCCAUAAAUGAAAUAUUUCCUUUUGUAACUAUAGCUCCAAGCUGGCCAAAUGAAGCGCUUACCCAUGGUUACACACAGCCAUUAGUGGAAGACAUGCUAAAUCUUUGUCAGGGACUGUGGCAAACGGUGUCCUUCCAGCUUCAGGCUGUUGCUCUGGGUAAAUCAUGGAAGGCCACCACAGGAUUACUGCAGGCUUCCCCCAGCUACACUCUGACAGUGGAGCAUCUCCACAAACAAGGCUCCUACACGGAUGGGUUUCAGGGACUGAUCAACAUCAGAACACACAGCACUCGUAGAAUUUACUACCGGUUACCCCAGGAUUAUAGAAACAGCUUUCACAUCGAUGUCUUCACUUCGUAAGAACUAGUUUGUGAGUCUUUUUGUAUUCAUGACCAACCAAUCCUGCCUCUUAGGCAGGCAAAACAUUUUCAAGCUCUGCACCGUUAAGUCCUUAGUCCUGAGCAACAGAAAUUAUUAGCUAAAUUUUGUCACAUUCAUAAGCUACAACCUAAUUAACUUUCAAUAUUUUAUUAGCUUCAUACAGAUUAAGAUUUAAGAUUUUUAUACCAAAGAUAGUUUUCCAGUUAUUGAUUGUAAAAUUUGGUGAAAUGGCCAGUACAUAUAAGUUGAGAUGCAUUUUAAUAAAUAGUUGCAGGUUUCCUCACUCUAAGGUGCAAAUGCAUUCUGCAGUUUUCCCCAAGGAACAGAGACCUUGACCCAACCACCCCCACCCCCUUCAGCUCAUCUACCCUUGUGAAGGUAAUUGACCCAACCACCCCCACCCCCACCCCCUUCAGCUCAUCUACCCUUGUGAAGGUAAUGAGAAGUGCAAUGAGAGCCAUCACCUCAUAAAUCUCUAACCCACCAUGCAGGUUUGUGUAAGCUCACAUACACAGACCUCAGCUACACACCCGACAGUGAUAAACCUCAGUACCAGGCUGCAGUGUGAUCUGUAAAUAUGUUUUACACUGAGGUUUCAAAUAAAUAUGUUUAAAUUUCCUUAAAGUGACUGUGGCCAAGUGGCAUUUGACACUACAAAACUUGUCAUGGAGAGACACUUGCUUUGGUUUCUACGUGUGACCUACUUUGACAAAUCUCGCUCUUAAGCUCCAGGCAUUUAAAUGUGAUUCAUCUCAUUCUUUCUGAUCAUAAACCUCACAAACAUUUUCAAAAUUUUCACAAAUGUUGGAUACAGACUUGUGUCCUAUGUGCCUGCCUCUAUUCCAUUCACCACAGGUAGCAUAGCAGCUUAGUACUUCUGAUAUUAAACUUUUUUGCUCCAUUUGCUCAUGUAUAUCAGGACCUCCUGGGUAGGCUCUCACAGCCUGUUCCCCUUUUGAUUAUCACAUUUGAAUGGGAAUGCUGGAUAUUGUUGGAGGAAAAAAUAAUUUAAAGAUGGACAGAACAGAUUAGCAGGUCAUGUUCAACCCAGAAUCUCACUGAAUAAUACAUGUAAGUCCACUUGACAUACAGUCAAGUCAGAAAUUCCAACAAUUACCCUCCAGAAGGUGCAUGAAUUAUCUAUGUCCCUCACAGUCAUAAGGAGUAACUACCAUGUUUUAGAAGCAAUAGGUCAUACUGCACAAAUCUGCUGAAGUUACUUUGAGGUGGUAACUAGUAAGGAUAAUUUGUUUGCAUAUUCAGAAGAUAAAUAUUUAUUAAAGGGUUUUAGAGAAGACUUGAGGCUCAUGAAACUAGUAGACAUCCUGAGGGAUGCUUUUCAGAUAGUUCAGGACUAGGGAGCAGUUUGUGAUGCCUAUUGCUGACUACAUAAUUUAGUCAUCAGUGUAGUAUACUAACAGUAUAUCAUGAGUGACUUAAUGUAAAAGUAUGACUUCUUACUGGCAUUGGAAGAUAAAGGCUGCACAGAUGGUGUGAUAAAAAUGAAGCAUCUGGAGACAUGAUGGAUUAGGUUAUUGGUCUUGCUGGUCACAUUGCACGCAGGGUUUACAAACUCAGGUCCAGCCUGUUUGAUAUUCAAUAGCUCAGGGCAGAGAUGAGCUUUCCAUAUGGGAAUUAAUUGGACAUGCAUUUGUGAUUAGUAAUUGUAUAAUGUGAUCAUUGGAUUGUAACAGCAGGGAGGGUGAAACAGAAUACUUCAGUGGCAGGUAAAGGGUCAAGUCAUUUAGUUCAAAGGCCAGCAUCCUGUGGACAAAGUAUCUGUUUUUGAACUGUAUUUUUGGCAAAAUCAUCAUUUUGAAUGGUGGAAAUGGCUGAAUACCUAAUAUGGAUGAGACGAACUCUUUAGCGUUCUUCAAUAACACUUUGUUUCUGAGGUUGUCUGGCUCUCAGCCAGCAGUCAAUGUGAAGCAGUCAUGUUAGGGGCAAGACAGAGACACAGUGAUACUGAACUGCCAUGUAAAGCUAAUCAGGAAGCAUGCCUUGAGAUUCAUCUUAAUAUUCAGUAUCAAUAUAAGAACUGCACAUUUGUUGUUUUGGUAUUCUUAGGAGAAUAGGAAAGUCUGUAAUGUACUGUUUUUAUAUGAUACUUUUCAUCUAUCUAUUUACUGUGCAAUAAAUCAAAUGUGUAGUCUAGAGUACAGUCUGAUAGAAAGUUUAUUCUUUUGCCUAAGCAAGGUAUCACAUGAGGGAAUGCUAGUACAUGCAGGGAGCACACUGACAAGAGCUCUUAAUCGAAUCCCUGGACUAGGUACAUCACCUUGAUAUCGAACAGCACAGAAUGAAGGAGUGAAACUGAAGAAAAUAUCUUGGGUAAAAAUCCAAAACCAGAAGUUAGUUAUACUUUUUAAACCUCAGAUAUAUUAAUGAUCCUUUCACAUUACUUAAAAAAUGCAAAGAACAUACUUGGGUCCUUCCCCCUUUUCAAAAACCUCCUCCUCAGUUAUUUACAUUAUAAAAAGUAUUUUUUUUUGUGUUUUACCUCUAAUACUGCAUUUGCACCAUUUAUUUAAGAUCUGGGUAUCAUCAUUUCCCAGGACAAGAGUGAAAAUGAACCAUAAUACAUUGCUACACUCAGAGUUUGACAGCUGGAACUGGUACUCUUAGCACCCAGACCACACGGAAAACUUCUUGCGGGUAUUUUUAAAAUGAGAUUACUAAUUUGGAAGGUAGUUUGUUGCUUUUUUCCCCCCAAAAUUGUAAUAGCUUAAAGCAGUUUAAAGAAACGAUGAGCAAAUUAAUUAGUUUCUCAUUCAUGAUUGGUAAUGUAGAAAUUUUAGCAAAAUGGUCAACCAAACAGAUCCUAGUUAUUUUAUGCCAAAGUGAGAGGUUCAGAUUUUAAGUGUGAUGCACAAUAAUUGAUGAUUUUAAUAAUUGAAUUCAAAUGGUUUUUGAUACAUAAAACAGAUUUAUAAAAGAAAGGAAAAAUCUGUGGUAAGUAGUGCAAAGAGAGGCAGGGACUAUUGAAUCUUUAUCAUUUCAAAACCACGUUGACUACUCCCAAUGAUCUCUGCCAGUCUAUUUCCACUCUAACAUUUCCCACCACUGUUCCUACCUAAGCACACCUGCCAUUGAAACCUUCAUCCAAUUCCUUUGUUAGCUCCAGAUAUCCCCAUUCUGAAGUUCUUCUGGUCCGCCUCUCAUCUUCCAUAACCCUUUGCACAUUCAAAUCUCUGCUGCCCAUAUUCUAACAUGCACAAGACUCUGCACAUCUCUUCUUUCUAUCUGCAUUGGCUGCUGUUCCUCCUAAUAUCUCAGAUUUCCAGUUCUUAUCCUUUGUGUUUAAGUCCUUCCAUGGCCUCACCAAUCACUCUCCCUAAUUUUCUCCAGCACUGUUACACCCACUCCCAACAAACUCUCUGUUUCUCGGUCACUGGCCUCCUGUGUACCUCCUCCUAUUGUCAGCUGUGCCUUCAGCCAUCUAAGCCUUCACAUUCAGGAAUUCUCUUCCUAAAUCCUCUGGUUCUCCAGAUCCCUCUCCUCCUUUUAGACCCCCCUCUUAAAACCCACCUCUGACCAAGUUUUUCUAACUGCAGCUUCUUUGGCUCGGUGCUCACAUUGUGUCUGCCCCUUCUGUAAAGAACUUUGGGACAUUUUCUUUUUUACAUUCAGGGUGCUUUAAAAAUACAAGUUGUUGUGCAUGAAUAUUUGUAAUAAUCUAUAAAAUCCUCUAAAACAUCUGUACUAUUAAAGGAACAACUGAAGAGACUGCAUUAUGUGGAAAUAACCAGAAUUUUGCUGAUAAGAUACUCCUGUUUGUUUAAUCAGUGCGCUGUUUGUUGCAGAGCUUCCAACUGGAAUGCUGGACUAGAGAGGGUUUCAGCUUUAGUCAGUGCUUCCUGUUACAAUGUUCGUGGGGUAGGUGCAUGUGGUGAUUGAAUUUUUUUUCCUCAUAGCUUUCCUCCUCCUUACUGGAGCAGAGCUCCGUGGGCAAUAGCCACCAUCCAGCACCUCAUCAAAAUUGCUAUUCGUGUGAGUCUUGACAGGAAGUGGCAACAAGCUAUUCAACUGCAAGACCCAGUCAACUCCUCACCCAGGAGUUGUUAAAUGGUGCUUGAGAACAGGGACACUGGGAUAAUUUUCCUCUCCUCUAACCCAGGGGCACUGUAUUUCCCUGGAUUUUAAGCUUGGGGACCUUUCUUGAGGCAGUUGCUCAUUGACUGAACUCACAGAACCAUCCAUCAGUGGAGCUGGUGAUUGAAUUGGAACAGAAUGAUUCCCCCUUAGCUGAACCUCUCUGACACUUCUCCAGUUGCACAAUUUUCAUUGGUGUUAUUGUAUAGUAUGUCAUAACAACAUUUUAAAAAAAUGUAUAAACACGUACAUUGUCUCCACAUUUAAUUAUUUCACUGUAGUCUUUUAAUCACUUGCAAGCAUUUGUUGAUAUUGUGGCAACACUGCAGAAACAGCAAUUAAUGUUCGACUUUGUUACCAAACCUCGAAUUAUUUUCAUUUGGAACUGGCUGAUUUUAUAAUGUUAACAGGCUAUUGUGUUAUCUUCCUGUUUCAUAAAGGUUUUCAUUUAAAGUUUUUAGUGAUCAAUAAAGAAGUACACACUCA